CAAAAGGUAUGGGGAUAUAUUUGGCCGCCCAAUCAAUGAGGAUAUCUAGAACCAAGAAAGUUGGACCACCCCACAAGUUUUGCCAAAACCUUGUAAGUACUAUUUAGAUUCGAAUGCUGAAAUCCAGCAAAAACAAAAAUAACUAACAAAUAGCACGAGAGCAAGAUGUUCAAAGCAACAAAAAGCCCAAGGGAAACCAUAGAAAAGAUGUCCGUGCCCAUAUUGUUAUUAGCACUUUGCAUCUUUUCUAUGGUCUCGCCAACGUUAGAAAUGAUGCAAAAACCAAAAAAGAAUAUUGGCAAUAUAACAGAAAGAUGGAGGAUUCUUAGUGGGAAUAACAAUUGGGAAGGCUUAUUGGAUCCACUUGACAAUGAUCUUCGUCGGUACCUCAUUCACUAUGGCGAAAUGGCACAAGCAGCUCGAGACGCCUUCAACACCAACAAGAAGUCUAAGUAUGCUGGAAGUUGUAGAUACUCUAAGAAGAAUUUCUUUUCUCAAACCGGGAUUGACAUGUCCAAUCCGUUCAAGUAUGAGAUAACCAAAUAUAUUUACGCGACAUCAUCUAUACAAGUUCCAGAAGCAUUCAUCAUAAAGUCAUUGUCGAGGGAAGCUUGGAGUAAAGAGUCCAACUGGGCUGGUUUUGUAGCUGUGGCUACGGAUGAGGGAAAAGUAGCAUUAGGAAGAAGAGAUAUAGUGAUUGUUUGGAGAGGAAGUGUUCAGACUAUGGAAUGGUUCAAUGAUUUCGAUUUUAUUCAAGUCUCAGCCCCGAUAAUCUUUGGAGGAAAAUCUGUUCCCAAAGUUCAUCACGGUUGGUAUUCUAUUUAUACUUCUGCAGAUUCGCGAUCACCAUUCAAUAAGGCCAGUGCUAGAGACCAGGUGUUUGGUGAAGUUCAAAGAUUGGUGGAACAAUACAAGAACGAGCAAGUUACCAUAACAGUAACAGGGCAUAGCAUGGGGGCAGCCGCGGCAACAUUAAAUGCAGGGGAUAUGGUUUUCAAUGGAAUUAGCAAGGGAUUCCCCGUCACCGCAUUUCUAUUUGCAAGUCCAAGAGUGGGAGAUGAAAAUUUCAAGAAUACCUUGUCCAAACUCCAUAGUCUUCGAGCUCUGAGAAUCCGAAAUGCCCCAGAUAUAGUUCCAAAUUACCCGUUGCUCGGCUACUCAGAUGUUGGUGUUGAAUUGACCGUUGACACUAGGAAAUCGGGCUAUCUAAAAAGUCCGGGAGAUCAGAGCAGUUGGCAUAAUACGGACUGUUACUUGCAUGGAGUUGCUGGAACACAAGGAUCAAAAGGAGGAUUCAAGCUAGAAGUGGAACGAGAUAUUUCACUCAUUAACAAGUACUUGGACGCGUUAAAAGAUGAAUAUAAUGUACCAGCUUCAUGGUGGGUUCAGAAGAAUAAGGGAAUGGUUCAACAACAAAAUGGAUCCUGGAUUCUUAUGGAUCACGAAGACGACGAAUUUUAGUACUUUUUCAAGCAAAAAUAUAACUCAGAUUUGUGAAGAGAGAAACAAGGGUUUUUAUUCCAUGAUUGAUCUGUGUUUUAUUUACGCUCACCUAAUGUCAAAACCUUCAAUUUGUAACAGCUAAUCAUAUAGAUACAAUAUUUAAUUUGGUUCAGUGUACAAAAUGGACGGUUGAUGCUUGACGAAUGACAGUGUUUGUCUUCUUGCUUGACAACUCGUGACUCCAGUUACUAUUUUUUUCCUUCAAGAGAAUCAAAUGUUCCACCUCAAUCACAAGAAAUAAAAAUGUUUUAUCUCAUCUAAGUGAAA